AAUGUCCUCGUCCCAGAAUGCACCGCGGGACACACUGACGACGUAUGGCCGAGUUUCCCCCCACCCCAUCUCCUCUAAAGUACAUCUGUUACCUUUCCAUCUGUUGUGUUUGUUUGUUUGUUUGUUUGUGUGUUUAUGGUUAACCGGAUGGUAACUCGGUAACCAUGGACACCGCGGUAGUCCGCCCGUUCAGACUAAACACAUAGGCGUUGCUGGUCCUGUAGGUGUGCUAGGCUAGCUAGGCUAUCUAUCAAUUAUCCGAUGGGAGCUGCUGAAUUGCCACUAUACUUUAGUUUCGAUCGAUAAUUGGUUAUUAGAGAUUAGUUUAAUCAUCACACAACAUGUCCGCAGUAUGAAGCUAACACGGAAGUUGGUCCUGGCCAAAGCCAAAGCCUCGGAUCUGGACAGUGUGAAGAAACUCAACUGCUGGGGCUGCAACUUGACAGACAUCUCUAUUUUUACCCAGAUACCCCACAUCGAGGUCCUGACUCUCAGCGUGAACUCCAUCCUGUCCCUGGCACCUCUGUCGGGCUGUGUGUGUCUGAGUGAGUUGUACCUCAGACGAAACCUCGUCCCUUCUCUCUCGGAGCUCUCCCAUCUCCGCCCACUCACACGUCUACGAGUGCUCUGGUUGGCUGAGAACCCCUGCUGCGGAACGGACCCCAGCCAAUACCGUCUCAAUGUGCUGCGAUGCCUGCCACGCUUACACAAACUGGACAACCAGGUGGUGACAGAGGAGGAGCUUGCUUUCGCGCUAAACGAGGGAGAGGAGAUAACCACACCCCCUGCCGCUGCCCAGAAGCAGUUCUCCACCAGUGGCCAGCCAGAGAACGUCAGCUCCACCAAUGGACAGACAGAGGCGGAGUCAGAGAACGACCCCCUCAACUACAGUAUGGAGGAGACCAAUAAGAUCCGGGAACAGUUGGGGAUGAAGCCUAUUCCUAGAGACAAGUUCUCCUCCCCAUCACCUCGACCUGCAGCUAGGAAGUCCCAUACUCUGGAGGCGGUGCUGAUGCUGUUGAAAGAUCUGGAGGAGGAGGAGCUACGCAUCGUUCACGCGGCAACCCAGAACAGACAGCUCCGAACACACACACACCUCAAUACACUGACACACACACACUCCAACACUCACACACACACACUCCAACACUCACACACACACUCCAACACUGACACACACACACUCCAACACUCACACUCCAACACUCACACACACACUCCAACACUGACACACACACUCCAACACUGACACACACACUCCAACACUGACACACACACUCCAACACUCACACACACA